GCCGAAAUAAGGCAGGGGAUACUAUUCUUUUAGGCUGGUAGUGUUGUAGUUUCCCUGGUUUCGGUCCUCUCUACGCGAAAAUUACGGUCCUUCAGGUCUACAAAUCAAUUGAAGAUCCAAUCUGAGGAAUUGAUCAAAGCAAAGACGUUCUUCCAUGCUCGAGGUCUUUCAAAGAGUUCGAUGUCAAAGGCUCUUGCUUAUUUGAGAGUCGAUCUAAAUCGGAUGCACGAUGGUCGCGAUCAAAUCGGAUCCGCGAAGAAGUCCUUUUCGUGCCGAGAUUUUGCAAUACACGGCUGCGAUUUUGAUAGCGUGAGAAGGAGGAGCUAUCGUGUCCUGUGAAGAAGUGGAUCUGCAAUAGAAAAAUUUUCUUCUUGCUUAGGAGGAGAUUGUUGAGUCCUUUCAAGAUCCAGCAAAAUUGUGUCCGAGAUCUUUAGGAGCGCAGUCGAAAAUCAGAUCGCUAGGUCCAAAUUUGGAAAUAGGGAUCUAGACACCUGGUGGAAAGUGAACUCUAAAUUGAAAUGAAUUGAGAAAAUCACUCGAAGAUCCGUGUGGUGUGAACGAAAUAGAUCCUCACUCUUGAUUAAAACUCAAUGUUCUUCUGGCGCUAAUAUCUAAGUUAGGUGCGCUUCCUGAGCUGCACUUCGCAAUCCUUUUCUGAUAACCAAAACUUCAACAGGGAAAUCGGACACACAAAGUCUCGAUUUAGGCAUCGUUUCUUUUCAGCGUAGAAAAGGCACACAAAAAACCUCUUCAAAAUGGUCAACGUCCCGAAGGAGCGCCGCACCUACUGCCCCGGCAAGUGCAAGAAGCACACCAAGCAUAAAGUCACCCAGUAAGAAAUUUGAUUUUCAUUUACGAUUUUUUAGAUUUGUGCUUCUGAACUGACAACUUGGCUCUAAUGCAGUGGUAAAGAUGCUGUCAACAAGUACAAGACCAACUGAACAACUGCAGCGUGCGGUAGCUGAGAAAGUUUUGGAAAGCAAGGCUUUUCUCUAGGAUGCAGAAUUAUUGCUGAGCAAGACAGCACCAUUCUCUCAUCAUGCUUUUUGAGAAUUAUCGUCACAAUCCUCAAUUGUGCAAAAUAAUCCCCCCUCAGGUACAAGACCCAGAAGAAGUCUGGCUUUGCCCAGGGUGACCGUCGUUACGCCGCCAAACAGAAGGGUUUCGGUGGUCAGACCAAGCCGAUCUUCCGUAAGAAGGCCAAGACGACCAAGAAGAUCGCUCUGAAGCUGGAGUGCUCCAAGUGCAAGGCCAAGCGCUGCAUCGCCAUCAAGCGCUGCAAGCACUUCGAGCUCGGUGGUGACACCAAGAAAAAGGCCGGCGAGUCCACCUUCGGCGGAAAGUACCGUUAAAUUGGUAUAUGCAAGAACUUGCUUGUCUGGGGUGCAGCUCGGAAGAUCAUGCCGCGCAGAGGUUUCUUGCACCGUCGUGGGGAUGAACCAGCUGUGUUGCUCGACUACAUUGAUGUUUGAUGUACUUAGCGGUUUGAUUUCUUGUUGAGAGUUCGAAUCACAUUUCGCAACAUUGAUGGUGUACGACAAGACAGUUCUUUUCGCGCGAAGAUGUUGAGCUUCUGUGAGGUCAAGUGAGAAUCGGAACGAAAAGUUGAACUUUCUACGCUAGAACGAUGUGAGACCGUGCCA